UACUGCACUAACCGCAUGUUCAUCACAAGUGCUGCUUGCGCUCCGCCAAACAUCUCACAUCCACUGCACCGUUUGCACGGCCAAAGCCAGCCUGCUUCGCGCAGAUUCGGAUUUGCAACAACACCGAACCCGGGGAAGUUUUCCUUCAGCACGCCAGCAGUGUUGGAUAUCCGCAGUGCCUCUCCGACGUUGGGUCGACAUGCUGGGGAUCUGCGUGUGUCUUUGUGCGGUGUUCACACAUGUUCUCUCUCAGGAGGCUGAGGAGCCCAUCUCCUACACAUGCACAGAGGGGUAUGAGUAUGACAGUGUCAGAGAGCAGUGCAGAGACAUCGACGAAUGCUCUUUGUUAGAUGAUGCCUGCAAAGGAGGGAUGCAGUGUAUCAACCACUUUGGUGGAUACCUCUGCCUCCCCAAGAAUGCCGUCAUCUACAUUAGUAAGGAAGGCGAGCAGGUGCCACUCCCCGACCCGGUCCCUCCUGCCCCUGCCGUCCCACCCAGCCAGCCUCAGCUCCCUCGGGUGAUAUCAGGUCCGCAGAGGGUCCCUCCUCAGGGUGGCCGGACCAUUCGUUGUACACCCGGAUACACUGCAGAUGACCAGAACCUCUGCAGAGACAUAGAUGAAUGCGCGACAGGCCGACACUCUUGCGGGCCUGAGCAGACGUGCAUCAACACCAGAGGCUCCUACACGUGCCAGUGUCCUCCAGGAUACCAGAGGAAUGGAGACAACUGUGUCGAUAGAGACGAGUGCUCCCUGACCCACUACUGCAUGCACAGAUGUGUGAACACCCAGGGCUCCUACUACUGCGAGUGCAACGCAGGUCACAAGUUGGCCAGCAACAACCACAGCUGUGUUGAUGUGAAUGAAUGUGAUGUGCAGAGUCCCUGCCAGCAUCACUGCUACAACCUGAUUGGCUCCUUCCUCUGCCAGUGUGACCACGGCUACGAGUUGGCACAAGACAUGGUCUCCUGCCAAGAUAUUGACGAAUGCAGCUUGUCCAGCUACAUGUGUCAGUACCAGUGUGUUAACAACCCAGGAAGUUACUCCUGUGAGUGUCCACAAGGAUAUCAGCUGCAGGGGAACAGGUUGUGUCAAGACAUAAAUGAGUGUGAGACAGGGACCCAUAACUGCCAAGAUGAUGAAAUGUGCUGGAACUAUUACGGAGGCUUCCGCUGCUAUCCCAGAAACCCCUGCGAGGCGCCCUACACUCAAACCUCUGAGAAUCGCUGUAUCUGUCGAUCUCCGGCGGACUGCCAGGGUCUCCCGCCGUCAAUUGUCUACAAAUACAUGAGUAUUCAGGCGGACCGGACUGUACCAGCCGACAUCUUCCAGAUUCAGGCCACCAACAUAUACGCCAACACACACAACACCUUCAGGAUUAAAUCUGGGAACGAGGCAGGAGAAUUUUUCCUUCGGCGUUCGAGCAAUGUGAGCGCCAUGCUGGUGCUUACCAAGCCUCUGACAGGCCCCAGGGAGUACGUUGUGGACCUGGAGAUGAUCACUCACCAUAUGGCCAUGAACUACCGCUCCAGCUCACUGCUGCGGCUCACCAUCAUAGUGGGGCCCUACGCCUUCUGAGCAGCGCGUUUCCCACCAGCCUACAUAACUCUGGUUCAGCAAACAUAGCAGUGUAACACAGCAGACGCCUGUAUCAGCAUAACAUACUUUACAGUUUCGUACAGCACAUGCGUAUAACAUAGGCUGCUUCAGACUCAAACAGCAGCACAGCAGUUCCAAUGUGCUUGCUCAAGUCAGACCACCUCUUGCUAUAAUGUGACCACUGGGCAUCUUUUUCCGUCGAGGCACUAAUUUAUGGCUUCAGCGCCUCCAGGAAGCACUGAACUUCAAACAUAAAACAUUUUUGACUUUAAAGUUGAACGAUUUUUUGACAGAUUUUUGACAAAGAAAGAUGCUGAAUGCGGUAUUUUCACUGAAAAGCGGUUGUUUGCAAUUUUCCCUGAACAAUUGGGAGCAGAGUAGUGGUGCUCAGGAAAAGAGGCCUAGUGGACACACAUCCUAAGUGUGAUGAAUUUUUAAUGCAGCUGUAACUACAUUUAUCAGUUUGUUCAAACCACAACUGCUUACAAUAACCUCUGUGUGCAUCAGAUAUUCAGUAUGAACAGCUUUUGAUACAACAAUAAUUUACAGACCUUGUAAAUCACAGCUUCUGUUGACAAAUGUUAGCGGUUAGUGCUGCUACGCCACGCUAUUUGUGCAAGUUUCUGUAUAGUUUGCCUCAUGAGUAAUAAUUUCCAGAGAAGUCCAGGAACAGUUCAAAAGUGUAAAGGGAGGGAAUUAGCCUGUGAGUUGAGAAAGUGCUAAACUUACAGCUUGAUGCUCGUUGACUUUGCUCACAAGACUUAAGUCAUGUACAUACCUAGGUAACAAAUCUGUGCGUUUGCGUGCGCGUGGAUGUUUGUGUGUGUGUGUGUGUGUGUGUGUGUGUGUGUGUGUGUGUGUGUGUGUGUGUGUGUGUGUGUGUGUGUGUGUGUGUGUGUGUGUGUGUGUGUGUGUGUGUGUGUGUGUGAGAGAGAGACUGGCUUUGUUUAUGCAUGCAAGCAAAUGUAAGUGUGAAACACAGAGGGAGAGAAAGGGAAAUAGUGAGAAGGAGCUUGUUCUCUGCCUCGGCUUUGGUGGAUGUGGUUGAGCUGUUUAUGCGUUUCUGUGAUGCCAUCCUAACAGCUUUCGCUCACAGAGGCAAUAACGGAGAUUUUUUUGAACUCGAGAACACGUACGGGAAAUGACGGCUUUCAUAACACGCCUUGGCGAAUUGACCACUCGUUGGUGCCACAGCGAUUCUCCAGAGGAACAGCUGGACUUUCUAAUGUCGGUCCCAGUCAAGAAGUCACAGUGGCACCAGGCUGGCUUGCGUGAUAAAGAUAAUUACAGUGUUUCGCCCCAUAGCCGGUUCAUGUGCGACACAGGGGAUUAUUAAAGUGUUAAUACAAUGCCACCAGACUUUUGGCAGAAUGAGAAAUCUUUCACUACCUGCUUUGCCUUUCAUGACUUCACGUGUCUGCUCUGGCUUAUUGCUGAAACACUGUAAACUGUUGACACCCAGCACUGAAAACCACGUUGGAAACCAACAUGUUGUCACCACUCUGUAAGCGUAGAAAGUUAUGCAACUUUGCCUGUAACUCUUUUAUGUGGUUUCAGCAGUGAUCAUGCCCUUGUGCCUUAGAGGUAUAAAUACACACACAAAAAUUGUAACACUAAUCAUUUAUGCUGUCAAGACUGUUAACUUUCUUCAGUGAGAGGCCUUAAUGUUUUUUUCUCUUCUAUUUAAAAUAUAUUUUGUCAUAUGUAUCUUAUAUUGAUUGUACUCUGAAGAGCAAAAGUUAUAUUGUUGAAUAAAAUAUGAUGUAUAAAUGGG